AUGCCCCGACCCAAUCUAAAUCUCGAGCUCUCAGUUAGUAGUUAUCAGCUUGUUUGUCUGUUUGCCUGCUGCGCUGUAGAAUCAAAAUAUAAGUUAUUAUUUUCACUGGGUCUUUGUAAAACUUAUUUCGGAAAAAUGGUCUAUAUUUGCACUCUUGUGUUUCUUCUCUGCCCCGUCUUAUUGUUGGGUGCUCAAUGGGAAAACCCGAAUCCGAAGUCACAGGUUGAAUACAUCAGCAACGACCAAAGAGUGGGAUCUGCUGUCGCCAAACCGAAUAUCGUACCCAUAACGCGUCCACCAGUUGUGACGCAGACCGCACCUCCUCCACCACCGAAUUCCAAGAACUUUGCUUAUAAUCCGAUGACACAGACCUGGACCUUGAUCGCGCCCGGUGAUCCACAGCCCAACGAGGAUACUCUGAUCUGGAACCAGAGCAAUGACAAGUGGCUCACUCGCUAAACAUUCCAGCAAACGAUUCUUGAUCGACAGAAUUUGUCGUUGAUGAGUAUAUUUACCCCUGUAAACCCUUGUAAAGUUAAAAAUAAUUAAAUGAUUCUAAAUAAAGAAUAUAUAUUUUUAUAUCUUA